UCUCUUUUUUUGUUCGCAGAGCCAUGGACCGGACGCGGACCCGGACGCGCCCUCCCUGGACGAGGAGAUGGAGAAGGUGUUCGCCAUGGGCGCGAGCGACAAGUUCAGCCUGGCGCGCCUGUCGCCCAGCGAGCCCAACGAGCCCACGCUGGGCGGCCGUUUCAGGGAGGAGGACCACAGCUACCGGCGCAAGAGCUACCAGCACACCCACUCGCCGCUCAAGCCGCUGCGCCUCCACGAGCUCACGCGCGCCCGCUCCGGGUCCAUGAGGCGCCAGCGGACCUCUGAGCCAGGGGGCAGCCCGGGCGCCUCGGCCCCGGCCUCGGCCCCGGCCUCGGCCCCGGCCGCGCAGCCCGAGGAUCCCUCGUCGCCAAUCACGUCCACGCCGGCCGAGGAGGGCGCCGACAAGGCCCACCCCCUGGCCGGCGUCCUGUACAGCAGCCUGCGGCCCAGCCCCGGCGCCAGCCCCCGCACCAGCCCUCGGCCCAGCCCGCGGCCCAGCCCGCGGCCAAGCCCUCGGCCCAGCCCUCGGCACAGUCACAGCGCCUCGCUAGCCUCGCAGGGCUCGCAGGAGUCGCGGGGGUCCCAGGAGUCGCGAGGCUCAGCCGACACGGAGACGACCCUACCAGCGGGCAGUCUGAAGGAUGAGGUGGUCGACGACGACCCCGACUACGAGCUGGAGCGGCGCGACAGCGUGUCGGAGGCGCUGCUGUCGGAGCGCGCCGGCUCGGGCUCCGGCUCGGGCCUGUACCACGACGUGGACUCGGAGGCGCUCAAGCGGGUGCAGUUCCACAUCGGCGGCAUCGCGGAGGAGCGGAGCGGCACGACGCCCGAGGGCGAGGAGCCGCCGCACGACGCCAGCCAGGACGCGUCGUCGCCGCACCACCCGGGCGACCAGACGGCGUCCCCCAAGGAGGACCGUCGCGCCAAGAGGAAGCACACGCGCCACCACCACCAUCACCAUCACCACCACCGCUUCCAUCGGAAGUUCAGCCUCCAGGAGGACCUGGAGUGGCGGAAGAGGUCGGGGGCCGAGUUCCCUUCGCAGAGCGAGCGGCGUCGAGCCAGUGUGCACCCCGAGGAGGCCGCCACCCUGCACGAGAUGGACCUCGAGAAGCUGACAAGCCACCGCUUCGACGACGUCAAGGGCAUGCGGCGCUUCAAGAUCCUGCACCAGGGCGGCACGGGCGCGCACGCGCACAGCGCGCUCCCCGGCGACCGCCUGGGCUUCUCCAAGCGCGUGUUCGACCACACGCCGCACGAGGUGUUCGUGCAGCUGGACGAGCUGUGCGGCGAGGGCGAGGACCGCGAGUGGAAGGAGACGGCGCGUUGGAUCAAGUACGAGGAGCACGUGGAGGAGGGCGCGGACCGCUGGGGCCGGCCGCACGUCGCCUCACUCAGCUUCCACUCGCUGCUCAACCUGCGCCGCUGCCUCGAGACGGGCGUGGUCAUGCUGGACUGCGAGGAGCACGACCUGCCCGGCGUGGCGUACCGCGUCGUGGAGCAGAUGGUCAUCUCGGAGCUCAUCCGGCCCAAGGACAGGGUGACGGUGAUGCGCGCCCUCCUGCUGCGGCACCGGCACGUCAACGAGCACGAGCGCUUCCGCUUCGGCAUGAAGAAGGCCUCCGUCAGCUACACCAGCCUGCAGUCCCUAGCAGCGGCGGCGGAGGCUGGUCGGUGCCCACUGUGCGCAGAGCCUGACGACUGCGAGUCUUACUACUACCAGUCAUCUUCAUAUAAUUUAAAUGAUGACAAACGGCCAAGGAUUAUUACGCCUCAAACUAAUUUAAAUGCUUCACUGAAAGAUGGUUGCAACAACUCUUCGAAUCACAAUGAUGGGAAACAUAAGGAUAGUCUUGUGAUUGAUAUGAAGGAAGAAACUACUUACAGUUCUUCAACUGAAGACCUCAACAAAAAAGGGACCAACGACACUAUUUUGAAAAGAAUACCUGUGGGAGCAGAAGCAUUGACUGUUUUGGUUGGCUCUGUAGAUUUUUUGGAACAGCCAACUAUUGCCUUUGUUCGAUUGGCAGAAGGAAGUCUGAUGCCAGCUAUCACAGAGGUGUCCAUCCCUGUGAGAUUUAUUUUUAUUUUGUUGGGCCCAGUCAAUGCAGAUAUGGAUUACCAUGAGAUAGGUCGCUCUCUUUCAACUUUAAUGGCUAAUCAGUCAUUUCAUCAAAUAGCCUAUAAAGCUGAACAUAGAACAGAGUUAUUAUCAGCAAUAAAUGACUUCCUGGACUGCAGUAUUGUACUCCCCCCUGGAGACUGGGAGCGUCAAGAUCUCAUUCCUUUUGAUGACAUUAAGGCCAAAAGUGAUGCUAUUCGUCGUCGAAAAACAACCAAACUAUUAGAUACCGAUGAGCUGCAGAAAGCUCUCUUGGAACAAGCUGCAAAGAAAGCUCUUCGCCCUGAUCCCCUAAGACGCACAAAGAGACCAUGGGGAGGUCUUGUUAAUGAUGUUAAACGUCGAUUACCCUUUUAUUUGUCUGAUUUUAAAGACGGUUUCAAUUUACAAACAAUUGCAGCUGCCAUUUUUAUGUAUUUUGCUGCACUCUCAGCUUCUAUCACAUUUGGUGGCCUCAUGGGUGACAAAACUCAAAACAUGAUUGGUAUAUCUGAAACUCUAGUAGCUACCUCUAUAGCAGGUGUUGUCUUUGCGCUUCUUGCUGGACAACCCUUAGUCAUUGUUGGUGCAACAGGACCCCUCUUGCUUUUCGAUGAAAGUCUUUUCAAUAUGUGUAGUUCUAAUGGGAUUAAUUACCUUUCAAUGAGAGUAUUCAUUGGCAUCUGGCUCUUUGUGAUUGCAUUUAUUGUUAGCUGUUUUGAAGGCAGUGUCUUUGUGAAAGUGUUCACACGAUUUACAGAAGAAAUCUUUGCUUCUCUUAUCUGUAUUAUUUACAUUGUUGAAAGUGUAAUGAAACUCUUUAAGAUCUAUGAAACCCAUCCACUCAGGUCAUUGGCUGACUAUUGCGAGGGGUCGGGAAAGUAUAUACCAAUUGGAGCGUUGAGUUCAAUUGAAAACUUCACCACCUUAAAUGAUGACUCAAACGAUUUUGCUGGAGAGGGAACCACAUUAUCUAACACCAGUGUUACUAUUUCACCAACUGGAUAUCGAACUACAAAGGACCUGCCCGUUAGCCAACCAAAUACUGCAUUAUUUUGCACAAUUUUGGCUUUAGGGACGUUUUUUAUAGCUUAUUAUUUGCGUCAAUUCCGCAACAGCAAAUUUCUUGGACGAAGUGCUCGACGAGCAUUAGGAGAUUUUGGUGUACCAAUUGCUAUUAUAGUAAUGGUCUUGAUGGAUUAUUUAAUACCUGGAACUUACACAGAAAAAUUAAAGGUACCAGAAGGUCUUUCACCCUCUAAUCCUGAAGUACGAGGUUGGAUUAUCUCUCCAGCAGGAGGAAGUGAGCCAAUACAGUGGUGGGUAGCAUUUGCUUGUGUAGUGCCAGCUCUUCUAAUCUACAUUCUUCUCUUCAUGGAGACACACAUCUCUGAGCUUAUCAUUGACAAAGAAGAAAGAAAAUUACAGAAAGGCUCUGGCUUUCAUCUGGACAUAGUGUUAAUAUGUUUCCUGAAUAUGGGUUGUGGUUUCAUGGGUGCUCCAUGGGUGUGUGCAGCAACAGUACGGUCCGUAGCUCAUGUAUCUGCUGUCACAGUUAUGUCUAGAACUCACGCUCCUGGUGAUAAACCACACAUCAUAGAAGUUAAAGAACAACGCCUCAGUGCUCUUCUGGUGUCAACAAUGGUGGGGCUUUCAGUUUUAAUGUCGCCUCUACUUCGUCUUGUGCCAAUGUCAGUGCUUUUUGGAAUUUUUCUGUACAUGGGCAUAUCUUCAAUAGCAGGUAUUCAAUUUUUUGAACGCCUUAAACUAUUUUUUAUGCCUGUAAAACACCAUUCAUCUGCACCCUAUGUCAGAAAGGUUGCAACAUUCAAGAUGCAUAUGUACACAUUGAUUCAACUGCUAUGUUUAGUAGCUUUGUGGGUUGUAAAAUCAACUGUACUAUCACUAGCAUUCCCAUUCUUCUUGUUACUGAUGGUUCCUCUUAGAGCUCAAUUGAGUCGUGUGUUUACACCAAUUGAACUGAGAGCUCUGGACAGCAACAAACCUGAUGAUGAUGAUGAUGAACCUGAUUUCUAUGCAGAAGCUCCACUUCCAGUUUAAGAAACUGUAAUGUAACCAUUCCAAAGUACUCAGGUAAUACUACUCAAGAGGCCUCCCAGUUAUGGCUAAAAGUAUGUAUUAUACAAUACAUCUUGGACAGAAAAAGGAAGAUGUCCUCUGAAAUGAGAGUUUUACAAAAAUGUUGUAAAUAAAAGUAAACCAGUGUGACAAAAAGUGACAACAUGGUGACAACUCAUCAUAUAUGUAUAUAUAUUUGGGCUGUGGUGCGUAAUGUCAGUACCUGGUCUUCUUGACUGGCAGAAAUGCACAAUGAUUACAUUCUUAUUCCUAAGGAGUUAUGUGAACCCCAAGGGGAAGUAUAUGUAUAUAGCAUUUUCUCUUCCUACUUGAAAUAUGAAUCAAGUACAUUGUAUAUUACUUAGAUUAUUUCAUUAGAUUUUUUAAAAUAGCUCAAUUUAACAAAUUUUAAUGAAAUUAUUUUUAACAGUAUUUAAGUAAAUUUUCCUGUGAUUCUAAACAAAUUAUAUCAUAAUGUAGAGAUGACAAGUAAGAUUUGUGCCUUUUCAGUAUCUUUUAUGUAUUACUAUCAUAGUCUUAGAUAAAUAUUUUGAGAUUUUAUGGAGAGAUUGAUCUAUGUGAUGAGUUAGGUAGGAUUUAUGUGAUUGCAGCAAAGAUAGAUGUUACUUUGAUCAACUUCAGAUAAGAAACUAGACCAAAUUGGUAGAAUUUUAUAAACAAAAUCCACAAAUAUGCACAGAAUUACUUAAACUUAUUAAACACGUGCAGCAGCAUUCAAUUUUUGCGGCUCAAAAUUUUGUUGCAGUAAGCGCAAUGAACGGUUCAGCAUGUUUUGUUGAGUCCUGGCAAAUGCUCACUCUGUUAAGACAUGUAGAUGCAUAAACCAUGCAUAAACUGCAUUUGUCUAGUCCGCUGAUGUGCUUACCGGAAAUAGUGGUGCCCACCCUUGUUCUUGGUGCUGAAUACCUGGUCACCAGAUUAACCCCUUUUGUCUUUGAGGUAUAUGAGGUACACAACAAUUUGAGAGGUUCAGCUUCCGCUACUCUGCCCUGCAAAUUAUUUAACUAUGCCGCUACACCUUGGCUACGCAGAGUAAAUUCUUGGCAAGAUACAUACAACUCAUGAUCAAUACCUUUGCAUACAUUGAUAGGACAAAUUGAGGCACAUUGUGCGCACAGCACAGAAAAGACACUGUAAUCCCAUAUAUGCACACUAUUUUUGUUGAAUCUAUUACUGUAUUCAUUAAGGAAAUGCUGCAGACUCCAUUCCUGUGAUAAUCUCUUGUGAACCGAAAUAUAGAAGCUAUCACUAUUUUUUUCGUGCAUUGCCUGUAGCAUUAAGUAUAUUGUCUGCUCAAAAGAAUCUGGUGCUUGAUGUUUUAUUUAUUUUUAAAUGAAUGUUCUGUAGGAGAGUCCAUUACAGUACUAAGCCCUGCUAAUGCAUAUUUGUGCUAGUGCCAAAAAACUGUCUAUAGACACUCCUCAAUUUGUUUGUUCUCUUACAAAGGAACUAUAUGCAUUCAAUGAAAAUACAAAUACAGUAAUCUAAGCAGAAUAACUAGAUCAGAAUGCACACAUCAAAUAUUGUGAGGUAUGUGUAGAAAACAAUGAAAGUAGCUGCACUGCAAUUACCUAAUUAGAUUGAGGCUACACUUAUUCCAAGUAGGGUAAAAAAAUGAAAACAGAACUGCUUAUAGCUUUGUUGAAAAAAUUUCUGUAAUUUCUUUAGAAAACAAACAAACUUGCUUUCACUGUUGGCUGUUUUUUGGUGGGGAUUGGAUUGGGUGAUAUUAGUUGUGAAGAUUUGUUUCAUAAAACAGCUCUACUUCUUUCAAAUGUAAUUUUCACAGAAGUCAAUAUUGUUGUAUCAAUAGUUUAAGGCCAUGUCAUUUUCUAUGCUUGAGAAAACCCUUUCUUGAGUUGUAUGAAAACUUCGUAAUGUGAAGAGAGCUUUCACAUUACAAACUGAUAAGAAAACUUCAAACUAUGAAGUGGUUUAGAUGUGACUUACAACACAUUAAUCUGAAUCCAACUACAUACUAGUUUGUUGGUAAUUCUUUGAAAGCUGGUAUAUUUUUGACAAUUUUGACUAAAGGCAUAUCUUUAGUGUCACCAGUAUUAUUCACUGUACUUCCCUUGUACUGUUUCAUAACCUGAGCUAUCUUGAAUAAAUGGAACUAUUUAUUUAAUUCAA